AUGACCUCAGAUUUCUACCUGCCGUCCAACUUUCCUUUCAUGCUAGACGCAUGUUUUAAACCACGGACUCAUCCAUGGCAUGUGUUUGAUAAAGAUACCCAAGAGUGGAAGUCAGUCCGGCCACCGUGGCCAGCAGCUGUGCCACAGAUACAAUAUGAGCCCACCAAGACUCGGGUUAUCGAUGACCUCCCCGAGAAGGAAUAUAACGUCUUGCGUCUUAUCACCUGGAGCAUUGAUGCCUUUGUUCCAUUCACUCGAGAGCGGGUGGAUGCAGCACUGGACCAUCUGAACAAAUUUGUUCUCCCGCCAUAUACCAAGGACUCACCACCAGUCAUUAUCAUGUUUCAGGAGAUGGUCGAGGCAGGCAUCGAGCAGGUCAGGAAAACGAAAUGGGUACAGGAGAGAUUCGCAAUAACUAAUUUUGAUACACGUGGAUUUGACGCGCCAUAUGGAACUCUCACACUUAUCCAAGUCGGAGAAGCCCCUGGUGCAGCCAAGGAGUUCAAACAUGAUAUGAUGACGCUACGCAUUGCGAAUGUAUUCCGUGUUAGAUGGCUGAGUAAAUUCUGGAGAGAUGGAUUAUUCGUUGACAUCGAGGCUACAGUUACUGGUAAAAACGGCUGCAAAGAAACGAAGGCACUCCGAAUCUGCAAUACCCAUCUAGACUCGCUUUCGUCUGCUCACCCAAUUAGGCCCCAACAAGUAGCUAAAGCUACAAGCUACCUGGAGGAAGAGAUCAUUCACGGUGGCGUGCUGGCUGGUGAUAUGAAUGCCAUUCAAGCUUCGGAUGACCGGAUUGCAGAGGACAACAAGCUAAAGGACGCUUACCUGGUGUUGGGUGGGGAGGAGGGUGUAGUAGAGGGGUGUACAUGGGGAUACCAGCGUACUUCCGACAAACAUGAAUACUUUAGACCUGAACGUCUCGAUAAAGUGUUCUAUCGCGGAGGGUUUGUGGCGAGGGCCCUGACGCGAAUUGGCAUGGGAGUUGUUGUUGAAGGGGAAGAAACUAAGGCCCGUAUGAUGGCUCGUGGCCUGGGAUUCUGGGUUACAGAUCAUUAUGGGCUCAUGGCAGAUCUGGAGAUUGUAGAGGUCGUCGAAGUCAAAGAAAAGAAGGAAAACUGA